CGUCUUGUCUUGACUGUCUGCUCGUCUUGACACGUCUGUUGCUGUUAACUGAGUGCAGUGCACAUUAUCUCGUCUCUGACGCCACAUAUAUUUUAUACUUGCACUCCUGUUGGACACCUGCAAUAACUAUCGAGAAAAAACAUUAUACAUAUUUCGUCGUCUUUGAGCACGUCACAUUUUUAUAAUAUGGCCACGGCAUUCAUCGUGUUCAUCGCCACGUCCUUGGUGAUGACAGUGGCGUUGGGCCAACAACGUCCCGUUCCGCCACCGUUUACUAGAUCCACUCUGCAGAGUCGAGAUGCCAAUCAGCUAAACCUGGAUCCCCAACAACCAAUGCCACAACCAUUCCGUAGGGUCUCGUUGCCUCUGUACAGAGGUCGAGGCUUCAGCCUGGAUGGACAGGAGCCGAUUAAACCUGUGUUGACUCAACAGACGUUCCAGCCGAGACCGGUCGAGAACUUCGACGGUGAAGCGGCGGGCAACGAUGCGCCACAACCCACCAGACAAGCGCCGCAGCAGCAAUUCGAGAGAACUCAACAGCAGCAAGUCGACAGGGUCCAACAACAACAACAAAAUAUUGACAGAGUUCAAGCACCACCUGAAAAACAAUUCUCUGGAAUUCGACCCCAGCCGCAGAUACAACCUAUUGAAACUCAACCAAACUUCGUGAGAAAGGUCGUACAGAGGCCGUUGAAACGUGUUCGAGUCACUGAAGAAACUGUAUCUAAAUCUCCAGAAACGAUUCAGAGAUUGAAACUCGAACGAACUGAGUCUGCCGACAAACAACGGGCAAAGAAACCGGUGUCUCAGGUGUUGAAGCGAUACAGGGACGACAACCCAGACGGCAGCAUCACUUGGGGCUUCGAGAACGACGACGGCACGUUCAAGGAGGAGACCAUCGGAGUGGACUGCGUGACCCGCGGCAAGUACGGUUACGUGGACCCGGAGGGCGUCAAGCGCGAGUACUCGUACCAGUCGGGCGUCCCUUGCGACAAGGACAGGCGACCGCUGUCCGGGCCCCAGCAGGAGCAGGGCGCCGGGUCGUCGGCGGUGCAGGAGGCGCAGGCCAGCGACACGUACGGCUACAUAGACUACACCAAGAACCAGUACGUCAUGGCCAACGGGCAGACGAUCAACUUGAACGGCAUGGCCAAGAACCGAGCGCGGAAACCGGUGGUCCGGAAGACCGUGACGCCCGCGCAGCACUCGGCCGACCAACGCUUCUAAAAGUCGUCUUCUUAAGUCGUCACUCGCCCCCCCGUCGUAUAUAAUAAUGUAAUAUUAUCGUGUAUCGCGUAUAGGCAUCCCAAACCGCAGCGUAUUAUUGUUAGUAUAUUAUUAUGUUAUAUCGAUGACGGCGUAUUUUAGCGGAUACACUGCAGCUGAUCGGUACUCGAAAUUGGAAAACAAAAUCUUAGGGACACGCUUAAAAACUCGAAGAAACUCAAUAUUAUAGCUAUCGUUUACGUUUUAGAACGCCGCAUCUAUAAAUGACUUGAGAAAUAUUAUAUCGAAAAACAAAAAGUAAAAAUACAAUUUUUUCCGAAAACGUUUUGUAACGACUUAUAAAGUUACGCAAAAGAAAUAUUUUCAAAAAAUUAGUGUUUUAUUUUUGAAAAAUAACGUACCUAAGUUACUUUAAAUGGAAUACUCGAUAGAUACCUAGCUAUAGUAGCUUUUAUGCAAUAUCAUAAUUUUGUGCAAAAUUAGGAGCUCCGUUCUCCACGCCAAUUAUUCGAGUACUGGCUGACGGCUGUAUAAUAGUAAUACAAUGACUUAUUAUUUUUCUAUAAAUUAAAUAUUAUAAUUUUAACGUUAUUACGUAGGUAUAUUAUAUUAUGAUGGCCGCUGCCACCUAAGUGUCACGCCUGACGCUUCACUAUUUUAUUAUUAUUAUUAUUAUUUUGUAAAAGAUCGUGUUUUAUUUUUAAAUUAUUUUAGACAGAUAUAAACAUAAUUUUGUGUAGACAUUAUAAUAUUAGACACGAACGUGAUAUAAAUAAUUAUGUAUACGCCGCAAUUAUGUUAUAUUAUAUACGAAAAAGUAGACUGUUUUUUUUUUUAAUAUAAUACAUACAAUAUACAUAAGAAUAUUACAUA